CGCGUGUGUUCCUAAGGGACAUUUAAUCCAAUUAAGGGAAAUUCUACGAUAAAAGACAGGCGCGAGGUGUGCCCCACAGAAGCCUGCCCAGAAGCCACAACCAGCGUCAUGUCGGACAACAGCCACCAACCAGCCGCCUCUACAGAGUUAACUUCCGCCGGGCCUAACACCGUGUCUACCCCCGUACACAGGAUGACUUACCCCGAUAUCGAUAUGACAAACCUGGACAUGGCUCAGCUGACUGACGAUGAUGACAGAAGCUUAGUCAAUUUUCUCUUGGGGGAGCUUGGGGAAACCCAUGAGGCCUACCUUGACUUCCUGGCCGCCAGCUUAGACGAGGAGACUAUACAGUCGUUAGACGAUGUGAUGGCGAGCGACUUGGCCAGCCUUGGAGCUGGCAAUACGGACGCCCUGGUUGAUAGCUCCGGCGCUGGACCCAGCAGGCUGUCCGAGCCUCCCGCCGAAGACAUGGAGCAUUCUGACGCGCAACAAGUAAUUGAAACUCUAGCGCCAAUUACGCUAGAAGCUUGGGACAGCGCCGGUUUUGAAGGUACACGGGCCAGUGUUAUUUCGUUGAUGCACAUUUACAAACAUAACUCGUUUGUAAGCGUAGCCUGUUAUUUCAUUAUUUAUUUAUUUAUUUUUUGGCUAGAUUCCCAACAAGAACCACAGUGGGCCUGGUUUUUAGAUGGAGCCAGUCAAGACGUACAAGACCAACCAAUGUCUGAUAGCCCGCCGGAGUUCGCGAUGGACGCCGAGACCCAGACUGCGGGACCGGAGAGCGUCGUGGACGUGGGGACCCAGACAACGACGCCGGAGACUCCGCUUGACCUCCGACUGAAGAGGCCCGCCGAUGCCAAUUGGGGCUGCCCUGGCGCUCCCCCGGCAAAACGACACAAGUUUGCAAAAAAAUGAAAUAAAGAGUAAAUAAAGAUCAUUAAAAUAAAAUGAUAUCAAACAAAUGCUUGUCUACGACCAGCUGUUUCAUUGUUGUCCCGCCGUGUCCGCGUGUGUGUGUGUGUGUG